AUGGAUGAGCCACAGGAAGUGGGCCUGGAGAGGGCGAUGAGCGCGACCACGUGUGACGUCUUCAACGAGCUGCGUCUGGGGGGGCAGCUGUGCGACGCGGUCAUAGAGGCGGAGGGGCGGCGCUUCAACGCUCACAAGAACAUCCUGUGUGGCUGCAGUCCCUACUUCAGGGCCCUGUUCACCAGUGCGGGCGCCCCCCCCAGGCCGGCGGGGGUGUACCCCAUCCCGGGCGUGGCGGCCGACACCAUGCAGCUGCUCCUGGAGUACGCCUACACCCGGCGGCUGGCCGUCAGCGCGGACACGGUGGAGGCCCUGUUGGUGGCGGCCGACUACCUGUCGGUGCCGGGCGCCGUGCGGGCCUGCUGCCGCUACCUGGGCGCCCGGCUCAGCGUGGCCAACGUGGUGGGCGUCUGGCGGCUGACCGCCCACUACCCGCUGCCCAGGCUGCGGCGCCGGGCCUACGGGUUCCUGCUGCGCUGCUUCGAGGAGGUGGCCCGCGCCUCGGAGGAGUUCCCCGAGCUGGCCCCGGGGGAGCUGGAGCGCCUCCUGGGGGAGGACGGCCUCAACGCCGCCCGCGAGGAGGCCGUGUUCGAGGCGCUGCUGCGCUGGGUGUCCCACGACGAGGAGGGCCGACGGGGCCACCUCGCACAGCUGCUGCUCAAGGUCCGCAUGGGUCUGAUGGACGCCGGCUACUUCUGGAGCCGCGUGGAGAAGCACCCCCUGGUGCGGCGCGACGGGCGCUGCCGCCCCGCCGUCACCGAGGUGCUGCGGGUGCUGCGGGGCGGCCCCCCCGCCCGCCUGGACGUCCUCAACCCCCUGACCCGCCCCCGCCUGCCGCACGCCGUGCUGCUGGCCGUGGGCGGCUGGAGCGGCGGCGCGCCAACCAGCAGCGUGGAGUCGUACGACGCGCGCGCCAACCGCUGGGUGGGCGUGACCGUCGAGGGGGAGGAGCCGAGGGCGUACCACGGCGCCGUCGUCCUUGGCGACGCCCUCUACCUCGUGGGCGGCUUCGACGGCGUCCGCUGCUUCAACAGCGUGCGGCGCUUCGACCCGGCGGCCCGCCGCUGGUGCCCGGCGGCGCCAAUGCACGCGCGGCGCUGCUACGUGAGCGUGGCGGCGCUGGACGGCUGCGUCUACGCCAUGGGCGGCUUUGACGGCCACCAGCGGCUCAGCAGCCUGGAGCGCUACCGCCCCCACGGGAACCAGUGGACGCCGCUGGCCGCCAUGAGCGAGGCCCGCAGCGACGCCAGCGCUGCCACGCUCCACGGCAAGGUGUACAUCUGCGGCGGGUUCAACGGCUCCGCGUGUCUCCAGAGCGCCGAGUGCUACGACCCGCGGGCCGACCAGUGGACCCUCAUCGCCCCCAUGGGCGGGCCCCGCAGCGGGGUGGGGGUCACGGCCUACAGGGACCAGGUCUACGCGCUGGGCGGCUUCAACGGUGCGGCCCGCCUGCGGAGCGUGGAGGCGUACAGCCCGGAGAACAACGCGUGGCGCGCGGUGCCCUCCAUGCUCAACGCACGGAGUAACUUCGGCGUGGAAGUGCUGGAGGGGCGGCUGUAUGUGGCGGGGGGCUACAACGGCCGACCGUCAACGACCUGCCACGCCGAGCGCUACGACGACACGACGGAGGCUUGGAGCACCGUGCGCGACAUGGCCGUGUACCGCAGCGCGCUCAGCUGCUGCGUGGUCACGGGACUGGCCAAUGUGGCCGAGUACGCGUUCCCACGCCCGCCGCUAGCCCGGCCUGGACACCCGGACGCCCGGAAAGACGAUUAA